ACCUUGCUAGUAUGAAUGCAAACCAGUUCUUUUUCCUGCUGCUGGCUUGACUCCUCCCUCCCCCCCAAAAAACACACCUUGCUGCUUUUGUCUCUGCAGUCCGUCAAUGAAUUCCUGGAGUCCGUUGGAGCUCCGCUGGAAAUCGUGGAUGGCUUUAUCGAUAGCAUCGCUGUCACCAUCCCCUGGUCUGCCUUAGUCACCGAGAACUGCACCGUGGAAGUGAGUGGCCUGCAGAUCACGUGCCGCCCAAAGUACCGAAGCGCCGCUCCCGACUCACAGUCACAGAGCUGGGCAUCAUGCAUGACCACCAGCAUGCAGCUGGCACAAGAAUGCCUGAAGGAUCAGACCGAAGAGCCCUCCGACGCCCCUCAACCGCUGGAGGGGCUGGAGAUGUUUGCCCAAACCAUCGAAACCGUUCUGCGGAGGAUCGAAGUGACCUUUCUGGACACGGUGAUACGCAUUGAGCAUGUGCCCACUGGGGCUCAGAGCAGCAUAGCCUUAGAGGUGCACAUCAAAAGGUUGGACUACUGUGAUGAAGCGGUGAAAGAGUCUGGGCAAACCCUAUCUGUGGACAUCCACCAACCUCCGCCAUUUGUCCACAAGAUCUUACAACUGAGUGGAGUCCUAUUUUACUAUGAGGAGUUUGCAGAAGCAGGUGCCCGCACACCGUCUCCGGUCCCAAAGGAGGCAUCUGAGUCCCCCAGCUCCAAAGGCGAGGAGGCUGCUCCUAUUCCUUUGCUUCAGAUUGGCAGCUGCUCCGGAUACACGGAGAUGAGGAUCCGGCUGAAGCAGAAUGAGGCCUUUCCCGGACCUAAGCUGGAGUUAGAUGGCAAGAUGGGAUCGCUGCAUCUCUUGCUGACCCCUCGGCAGAUCUCCUAUUUGCUGGACCUUCUGUGUUCCCUCAACCUCUCAGAGUCUAGCCUCCUUCAGGAGCAGCUGAGCAAGAACCGGCCCCUCGAUUCGGAGGACCUGAAGUUGAUUGAGCAGGACCUCAGCCAGCAGCUGCAUUCGGGCUUCAGGACAGCCGCCACGUGCCUGGAGGGAACAGGGCCCUAUGUUGGACUGGAAAAUGGAGAGAUGUUCUUCUCCAUGGCACCCAUGACAAGCAGCGUGACGUCCAUCCGCUCGGUCAGCGAACUGUCUGACAUCGACCUCGAAUCCUCCACCCACAGCGACGUCAGCACCAGCCACCUUCAGGCGCCGCCCUUCACGCCAGGGUUCAUCCUGAGCAGUCCCAGGCGUUACGGACACUCUCCCUUUGCUGCAACCCUGCCAUGCCUCAGCAGGAUGCCAAGUAAAGCCAGUCACCACCCGCCGCCCCCCUCUUUGGAAAGCCAGCAUCCCGAGGUGCUCCUGCGGUUGACCGUCGGAGGGCUGACUCUGACACUGCUGCAACAGGCCCCAGAGCCCAUGCCCCUUGACCGUCCCCACCACCAUCUCCUGGCUCAGCGGUUCUUCUCCCAGCUUGAGGGCUUGAAGGACUCUGCCUUCGGGGGCCGGGAUUUCCAUCUCUUGCGUCCAUGCUUUGAAGGGGCUUGCCCCCACAGUAAUGUCAGGCUCACAGGGGCCGCUGUGCAGAUCAGCUGUGAGCACAAGGCCUCUGGGCAGCUACACAUGCUCAGCUGGGACGCAUCAUUCAGACUCUUGGAGGUUUUGGAGUGCCUGUGGCCGCGUGACGGUGGGCAAGCAAAGCCAGAGUACACCGAGUUGCUGGUCUUUGCCAUCCCUAGUGCCUUCCCCUACAACCAGUCGCCUCAACCCUGUGCUCGCAUUCGCUCCAAACACUCAGAGAAGGUGCCAUCUUCCAAGAGCCGUCUUGCCAAGGCUGCAGCCAAGCAAACCAUGGAGCUGGAAGCUGAAUUGGCAGAGUUCUGCUCCGACGUGGACUUGGCAGCGCUGGACCGGCUCUGUUCCCUGCUCCACUGUGCCAUUGUUCCCACCUCGCCCGCCUGGCCUCCUCCCGAGGCACACUUGGCAGAUUCUCCCCUGGCUGCCAGGUGGCAGGCCAGCCUCCACUUGACCUCACCAAAAGCCACUCUAAGGCUCCAGUUCCCCAUCCCGGACCUACGCCCCUGGCCUGAGAGGCGGCCUGGGACCGAGAAGGCGAUACGCAAGGAGAGUCUGCUCUUGGACCUGGCUGGUGCAGAUUUCCGCACAGAGCUUGGUCCCGCAGGUGCCACCCGGCUAGAGCUUUCCUUCAGUGACCUACAUGGCGUGUAUGAAGACGGUGAGAAGUUCUCUGUGCCCUGCUUCCGGGUUGGCAAAGCCCCCGACCUAUCGGCCAAAACAACGGGGAAGAAAUAUAUCCUCCCAAAGAUCACUCUGAACCUCUGUCCCCGGGCCAGCAACAUCCAGUGGGACCCGACCUUGCCGAAGCCUGAGGAGAUGGAGCUCUCAUCUGCAGAAAGCCCCUGUGAGCUGAAGCAACCAGAGCCUUCGCCCUUCUCCUCCAAGCGGACCAUGUAUGAAACAGAAGAGAUGGUGAUCCCCGGAGAUCCUGAGGAGAUGGCCAAGUUCCAGACCCAGACGUUGGAGGCUUCCCAGUAUGCUCUGGAAGUGACGUUCCCCACCAUGCACAUCUUCCUCCCCAGCAAAGAGUUUUAUGAGAACAUCUACAACAGGAUCAACAAUGACCUCUUGAUGUGGGUGCCCUUCAGCCCACCUCCCAGCCCCUCUGAGUCUUUGGGGAGCACCAGUUCAACUGUCAGCCCCUUUGCCAGUGAAGGGCCCGCAUCCAUCCGCUGGCAGGAAAACUUCCAGAUGUGCAAGUCUGCCUUUAAGUUAGAUUCGGACUCUGAGGAAGAAGAUUCUCACUUCUAUUCGGUGGAUGAGGCGCAGCGAAAAAAGGGGGACCAGAGAAGCCCCUUUCCUCAGAGCUGUGUCUCUGUUCUGCUAAGCGUGGGAAAGGGACGAAUCACAGCUCUGUGUGAUGCCAAGGGCGAGGGGGGCAAGAAGCUGGAAGGCUGUCAUGGGGAGCUGGUCUUGGACCUGGAGAAUGGCUGCCUCUUCAGCGUCUCACAGUACAAGGGGCGCGAUGACCUCGGCUACUUCUGCAUCGAAGCAGAGAAAGUUGCACUUUAUCACAAAGCUGUCGUGGAGGACUACCUCAUGGCUGAUCACCUGGAAAUACCCAACUUUUUGCCUCCAGAGGGGCUGCACCCCACCAUCUAUACCUCCCAGGAGGGCCCCAUCACCUGGCCCUUGGGGAGUAAGAAGGAAGGGCCCCUAAAAAUGCUCUCCCUGGCCAUCCAGAUCAACCUGGACUUGGAAAAGAACAUCAAGGAGUUCCUGGUGACUCUGCGGCUGGAAGGUGCCACCAUGCGCCAUUAUAUGGCAUUGGCCCAUCAGAGCUGGUACUCACAGAUGAUUGACUUUCUGGACGUCCUGGAUGACCCAAUCCUGGGCUUUGUGCCACCCACAGUCAUCACAGUCCUGCACACCCACCUCUUCAGCUGUGCUGUGGAUUACAGGCCUCUCUACUUACCCAUCCGUGUCCUCAUCACAGCCGAGACCUUUACUCUCUCAAGCAACAUCAUUCUGGACACAUCAGUCUUCCUCCUCCGGUUUAUUCUGGAUGAUUCAGCCCUUUACCUCUCAAACAAAUGUGACUCCGAGACUGGAGACUUGAGGAAAGAUUAUGUUUGUGUUGUGGAUGUAGACCUCCUGGAGUUAGUGAUCACCACUUGGAAGGGAGCCACCACUGGGAAGCUGACUCGUCCGCUCUUUGAACUGCGCUGCUCCAACAAUGUGGUUCACAUUCACACCUGUGCGGACUCUUGUGCAGCUCUCGCCAACCUCAUCCAAUACGUGGUCAACAACGGAGACUUGCAUCCGCCACCCCGGCACGACAGCCCCACUGAGAUAGCAGGGCAGAAGGUGCAGUUGUCUGAGAGUCCAGCAUCUCUGCCUACAUGUCCCCCUGCCGAGACGGCGGCCAUUAACCAGCGCGACCUGACGGAUGCCCUGAUUGACACGGAGCGCAGCCUGCAGGAGCUGGCCAGUGAGACCGGUGAUUAUGGGCUCAGGCGGCAGCCGUCUCCUGUCUCAGUGUACCUCUUCCCCGGAGAGAAUGGCGCUGCAGGCAAAGCAAAGACCCCGGCCUCACCGCCAGCCCCUGUGGGAGAGGGGCUGGACUUCAGCCCUUCAGAGGACAGUGAGGGGGAGAGCGAGGCCACAGAUGAUUUCUGCAUCUUGGAUGCUCCAGGCACAGGAAUCCCGCCCCGGGAUGGGGAGCCAGUGGUGACAAAGCUUCUAGAAGGGCCCAUCCGCAUCCAAGAGGGGCACUUCUCCCGGCCGCUGGGGAGCACGGAUUUGCUGAAGGCUCCUUCGCGCUUCCCGGUGCCAGAGAGCCGGGUGAUGAUGCGGGAGAUCUCGGUGGUGUGGCACCUCUAUGGAGGCAGGGAUUUCGGGGCCAGCCGAUUGGGAUCAGGGCAUGUCCAUUCGCCCAGGACGAAGCCAUCCCUUUCCAGUGUCCGAUCCUCCCCUUCCCGGUCCUCCGUCACCAACCGGCCCCAGAACACUUGGCGGGCCCAAGGAGGUGCCAGCCGCAUUCAUGACCUUCUGAUGGAGAUCCAGUUGACAAAGGUGAGCUUUCAGCAUGAAACAUAUCCCAGCGGCGCACCUGAGAAACCAUCCCUGGAGGUGGAGGAACAGCCCAUGGCCCGGCAGGUGUUCAUCGUCCAAGAGCUGGAGAUUCGGGACCGCUUGGCUUCCUCACAGAUCAACAAGUUCCUCUACCUGUACAGCAGCGAGUGCAUGCCCCGGCGUGCCCACUCCAACAUGCUUACCAUCAAAGCCCUGCAUGUCUGUCCCGAGGCCGGCUUGGGAGGCCCUGAGUGCUGCCUUCGUGUUUCGCUCAUGCCACUGAGGCUCAACAUUGACCAGGAUGCCUUGUUCUUCCUCAAAGACUUCUUCACCAGUGUGGCUGCCAGUAUUAACCCAGUAGUGCCCAUCGAGACUGGCUCAGAAGGUCGUGCAGAGUCCCCUGGGAAGGAGCCUGCGGGAACCGAGGGGGAGAUGAUGGCUUCAAUGGAGACCACAGCCAGCGAAAACAGCUCCUUGUCCAACGCCUCCUCUUCCUCCUCUGAGCAGCCCAUUUACUUCCGAGAGUUCCGGUUCACCUCUGAAGUGCCCAUCUGGCUGGACUACCACGGCAAGCAUGUGACCGUGGACCAAGUGGGUACAUUUGCUGGCAUUCUGAUUGGCCUGGCUCAGCUCAACUGCUCCGAGCUCAAACUCAAAAGACUCUGCUGUCGGCAUGGGCUUCUGGGUGUGGAGAAGGUGGUGAGUUACGCCUUGACCGAGUGGCUGACGGAUAUCCGCAAGAACCAGCUCCCGGGCAUCUUAGGGGGUGUGGGUCCCAUGCAUUCGGUGGUACAGCUCUUCCAUGGCCUCAGAGACCUCUUCUGGCUGCCAAUCGAACAGUACCGCAAAGAUGGGCGCAUCAUCCGGGGACUGCAGCGGGGGGCCGCCUCCUUCGGCACCUCGACUGCCUCUGCCGCUCUCGAGCUCAGCAACCGCCUGGUGCAAGCCAUCCAGGCCACGGCGGAGACAGUCUAUGACAUCCUGUCCCCGACGGCUCCCCCUCUGAACCGCACACUUCUGGACAAGAAGCAAACCCGUAAGCUGAAGCGUGGCCAGCAACCGGCUGACCUGCGCGAGGGGGUGGCCAAGGCCUACGACACCGUGCGAGAGGGCGUGAUCGACACCGCUCAGGCCAUCUGCGAUGUGGCUGCCCGUGGCCAUGAGCAAAAGGGCAUCACUGGAGCAGUGGGGGGCGUCUUACGCCAGAUCCCCCCUACUGUGGUCAAGCCCCUCAUUGUGGCUUCGGAAGCCACCUCCAACCUCCUGGGAGGCAUGCGGAACCAGAUCAAGCCCGACGCCCGCAAGGAAGAGUCGCUGAAAUGGCGGUCGGAAGAGACUCAGGAAUGAGGGCGCUGCCCGCUUCCGUGGACCCAAAAAUAUCGGGCCGGUUUUCCCACCCACCCCAUUGAGAGCUCGCCAAGAGGAUGCGCUGCCAAACUUUUUGGGAUCAGCAAGAUCCCAACAUGGCAGACGCCUUUGCGUCUCAUGUCUGUGUGCAUGCGUGAGUGUGUGCGUAUGUAUGCGUGUGUGUUGCCAUCCAGCAUUGCCUCUCGCCAUUCUUUUUGUACCCGUUGAAACUCUUGGUCUGCCAUUGGUGUGGCGCAUGUCCCACGGAGCUGCGCUCUUCCUCGCUGAAACUUUGGGGGGAAUGGCGGUGGACAGCAAAGGCGGUGGAACCAUUAAAAGGCCGUGACUUUUUUCCAGCCUCCGGUUUGCAUGGAUGUCUACUGGGGCCAUUGGGGUGAGACCUGCCUCUCUGCCAAAAGCGCACUUGAUGAUGGUAGGCAAUCAGUUGCGACGCGGAAAUUGUGGCGCCGAUCCAGGCUGGCCAAAAGGUAGACUAAGAUCUACUAGUCCACUUUCAGAGCCUGCAUAUGCUGGUGGCUUGAACAUUGGGCUAGAGACCCGGGUUCGAUUUCUUGCUCCAUCAUGGAAACCCACAAAGUGACUUUAGGCAAGUCCCAUGCUUUCAGCCUCUAAGGAAGGCCAAGGGAAAACUCCUCCAAAAACCCCUUUAAUAAGUAAAGUGUGGUGUAGUGGUUUGGAUGCUGGACUAUGACUCUGGGAGAUCAGGGUUCGAACCCUUGUUCAGCCCCAGGAAUACACUUUGGGCAAGUCCCGCUCUCUCAGCCUAAAAGGAAGGCCAUUGCAAGCCCCGCUCUGAAUAAAUCUUGGUUUU